CUCGGGCAAUGACGACUCCCAUCAUGUUUAUCUGGCGCAUGAGUUGAAACGAAGAAAGCGAACUCAAAUAAAGACCAGUUUUACUUCGGCGUCUUUCCUAUCUUAUUUUCUUUCAUCAACUGAACUAUGGACAGCUACACUCCAGUAAAACUAGCACAUUAUGUUGCUGAACCAAGUAGUGAGGACGGGGCCAGUUUGGCACCCAUAAUCUUCGUUCAUGGAUUAGCAGCAUCAAAAGAAAUGUGGGAGGACAUUCCUCAAGUGGUGGCAAAUGAAUCGAAAAGAAAGGCUUAUGUAAUUGAUCUGCGAAAUCAUGGUGACACUGAAUGGACAGACACCUUCAGUUUCGAUAUACUGGUGGAUGACCUAUUACAUUUCAUGGAUGAAAACGAGAUCCAGAAAGCAAUUCUUAUUGGGCACAGUUUGGGAGGAGCGAUUGUCGGCAGAGCAGCUCUUAAAAAGCCCGACAGAGUUGAAGCUUUAAUUGUAGAAGACAUGAUUGUUGUUGUAAACCUCCCUCCUGAAAUAGACACAGCUGUAAGAACUAUCAUAUGUAAGCGUUACGAGUACGUUCAGAAAAUUCCUGCGGAACUAGAUGAAAAGGAAGCGUUCAAGAAGCUUUUAGAUUUUAUGCCUGAGAUUCUUCAAACAGCGCCAGAAGUUAUAAGAAACCAGUCGAAAAACAGAGAAAAUCCAUAUAAUUUCUUGAAAUUGAAACGUAACAAAGACGGAAGGUGGGACUUCCCGGCUAACUAUAAAGUAAUAAUCGAGUUCUUGAACAAUGCUGAAGAACUAAUGUCGGAGCCCGAAGGUGUUUAUGAUGGUCCGACAUCCUUUAUCUACGGAACUUUAUCAUUUAUACCUAUCCCAGCUUAUGAACCUCAAAUUAAAAAGCAUUUUCCCAAUGCAGAGCUAGCACCAAUUGAAGGAGCUUCUCAUAACAUCACGGGAGAUUGUCCAGAAGAACUAACCAAAGCGAUCGUGAACUUUCUGUUGAAAAAUAAUAACGAGAUAAAUUGACUUUUUAAUAUGUUUUUUAUCAAAAAUAAUUGAUUGUUGCUGAAUUAUAAAAUUAUCUUAGUGUCUAAAAUAAAUUUAUUGGAAAAUCAUAUUGUAAUUAUUUUAUUUUUUAUUAAUCUGUAUGUUUUAUUCAUCCUCGUCAUUUUGCGAGAAGAACGAUUUUUGUCUCUUUGUUUAU